CAGUAAUUAUCUCUUUUUUCCACCUUUCCCACCAACUCCGGCUCUGUCCAGUAGUCCCCACGAGUUUCAACAUCGCAAGCAAGCGAGAUGGGCAAGAAGCCAAAGCAAUGAGCAGCUUCCUCGUUGCGCAGCACGACUCCUGUGAUGCUCGCUGAUGGGGGCUGGAUCGGUCAGCAUCAUGUAGCAACUGGGUAGCGAAAAGGGUCGAGAGAAAGAGAAGAGAAUAGAUAGAGAAGAGAGAGAGAGAGAGAGAGAGAGAGAGGAUGAGCGCGUCCCUCACGGUGAUGACCUUCAAUCUGCUGGAUGAUCAAGGGGAGGACAGCCCGAAUUCGUGGCUGAAGAGGAGGGAAAUGUGCGUCAGUGUCAUCACCAGCUACUCCCCCAUCAUCCUCUGCACCCAGCAAGGUGUAAAAUCGCAGCUUGAUUAUCUACAGCAGUUCUUGCCUGGUUAUGAUCAAUUUGGAAUCUCAAGGAAAGGGUCCCAAGACACUAUAGAUGAGCACUGCACCAUUUUCUACGACAAAGAGAAAGUAGAGCUACUUGAAGGUGGAACUUUUUGGUUGUCAGAUUCACCUUCUGUUCCUGGAAGCAAAUCAUGGGGUUCCGCGGUUCCUUGUAUUGCAACAUGGGCAACAUUCCAAUUGAAAGGUGUCGAGCCUCCGGGUUUUUCGUUUCAGAUAGUAAAUACAAACAUGGACGAACUGAUCCCACGUGCCCGCAGGAGAGGCGCAUUGCUCACUUGGCAACAUAUUGCGUCUUUACCUCCUAGCUUGCCAGUUGUGUAUUGCGGAGGAUUCAACACCCAAAAGGAAUCAACUACGGGGCGUUUUCUUCUUGGAAGAUCUAGAGAGCAUGGUGUGGUAGGAGAUAUGCGGGAUGCAUGGUUUAAUGCACGAGUGCGGAAGAACGUUUCUCUUGUUCGCACUUACCAUGGAUUUAGAGGUGACAAGCAGGGAACUCUUGAGUACAUCAAAUUGAUUUUCAGGGCACUCUGCCUCUGCUGGGAUCGCCAAACUCAGGAUCUGCACAUAGACUGGAUUCUUUUCCGUGGUAGAUCUCUCAUACCAGUUUCUUGUGAAGUGGUCAGUGAUAACAUUGAUGGAUGCUAUCCAUCAUCCCACUAUCCCAUAUUUGCCGAGUUUAUGCUGCCUCGUAAUAUAAGGAUGCUUGAACCUCCUGCACAAGAAGACUCAUAGUCCCUAUCUUCGAUGGUUGAAAUCUGUUUUCACCUUUCUGACUUUCGUGUGUUCCAUAAUUGUUGUCAUAUUUUUGGGUGAGGCCAAUUUCUUCAGCGGCAUUGUUUAUUUAGAGGGUAUCAGAACAGCCAAGUUGUCAAAUUAGAUGACUAGAACUUUUUGACUUGAAUAGAUGGAAUGCGAGUCUUUUAAGAAGAAGGGAAAGAUGAACUUCAGUCACUUGACUCCAGGGCAGCUGUUUAGAAGUCAUCAAGUUGGAACUCACCCAUGAUACAUAAGGGUUUCUCCCUCCUCUUGAGAAAAAUGCAAAAAUAGAGAUGUUUAUGAAUAGAAUGAAUAGUACAACAAAUGCCAUGUCUAAUAAGUCUAGCUAGAUGCAACAAGUCUGUCUGGAGGGCUGAUGAACUAGUCAUUAAAAUGAACUCCAUUUGAAAUUUCCACAAAUUUCUCUAAUAUGUAUACGGUACUUCUAGUUCUUUGUAGUAGAUAGCUCGGUUAAUCGAGCAUGAGAUGAUAAUGUUUGUUGUUUCCUCGUC